AUGGCGGGGGACUCUGCUCCUGGUUCAUUCCCUGCCCCUCCCCCCGCCACCACCCCUGCCCCUGCCCGUGUUCUUGCCCCUGCCCCGCUCUCUUCCUCUGCCCUGUUGUCCCCGCCCGCCCCGGUGGCCGGCCCCUUGGCCGGCCCUGCCCUAGACAACGCCGCUGCCACGGCUACCUCCUCCACGGGCAGGAAGGGCCAGGGGAGGAAGAAGGGCAAGGGCCCCGCCCGUGGGACCAAGCCUCCUGUAGGCGGGGCUGCGAUCCCCGCCGCGGCCUCGACAUCGGCCGCGGCCCCUCCCUCUCCUGCCGUCCCUUUCACCGGCUCUGAGAGCGCUUCCUCUCGAGCCCCCAGAGCGUACGCCCAGGUGGCCGCUGCCCCUCCGCGUACCGCUGCACCUUCCGCCCCGACCGCUGCCUCCGGACCCGUCUCCGGCGGCCUGGGCCCCUUCCCCUCGCUGACUAGGAGGCAUGGCGUCUGCUGCCACCUCGUGCCUGCCUCGCCCCACAUUGAGACCUACGUGCGGGCGUUGGCAAGGGUGGUGGGGCCCACGGCCAUCGUGGCGGCUUCCAAAAUGUAUGGAAAGGCCGUGUUCUUCCUGGCGUCGGUGGCCGCCGCGCAGGAGGCGGUGGAAAAAGGCCUGGCGGUGGGAGGCGUGUUUGUUCCUUUAGAACCCUUGGAGGACCUGGGCGUACGGGUGGUCUUGACCUCCGUUCCGCCCUACCUCCCCAACGCCGCCCUGUUGCCUGCCCUCUCCGCCAUGGGGAAGCCCAUUUCUAUUCUAAACCCUCUCUCGUUGGGCUGUAAGGACCCCACCCUCCGUCACAUCCUGUCGUUCCGCCGGCAGGUCCAGCUCCAGCUGCCGCCGGCGGCGGGUGCCGGAGCGGUGCUCGAAGGAUCCUUCCUGGUGCCCUACCAGGGGGCCCACUACCGGGUACACUAUUCGACGGGGGAGGCCCGGUGCUUCCACUGCCGAGCGCCGGGGCAUGUCCGGAGAGACUGUCCCCUGGCCCGCUCUGAUAGGGCGUCCGAGACCCCCGGGGCCCGAGCGGGUGCCGGCCCUAUCGUCGCCGACGACCCUAGCGGUUCGGCCACUGCUGCUGCCGCCACUCCUCCUCCUUUUGCCGUGACUCCCGCUCUGGCCGCGGAGACGGCCGAGCGGGCGGGCCUUGCCGUCGCCGACCCUGGAUCGGCGGGGCAUGUGGAGGAGCGAGCGGGGCGGCUUUUGCCAGCCACGGGGCGGGGCCCGCCCCAGGGGGAGGUUUCCCCUCUCCCUGGUGGCCCUUUGCCCCUGCCACCCCGAGCCGAAUUGUUACCCUUGCCCUCCGACCCCGCCCCUGCUGACCAGCCCUCCACCUCCUCUUCCACCUCAGGGGGCUGGGUGACCGUCCGGGGGAAGCGCAGAGCCCACAGAUCGCAGGCUCUCUCCCUUCCCUCUGAUGAGGAGGGAGAGCUAAACCCCCGAAAGAUGUUGCGGGGGGCCGCAGUUGCUGGUUCUGGUAACGCGCCCCCGGACGGUGCCCAGCAGGAGGCGCUGGCCAUGGAGACCGUAGAUGCCGUGGCAGCGGCUGGGGAACCUUCUGUUCCUAUCGUUGAGCCUCCACCUGAGGUGGCUUCGGUAGCGGUUCCCCAGGUCCUUGCUUCGUCCGUGCCUCCCGCCGCCACCGCCGAUGCCGGGGCGGCCUUCGUUCCUGUGACUGACGAGGAGGUCGCCGGGGCCGGGGGGUCCGCUUUUGCUUUUUUCUUUGAUGAGAUCGAGGCCCUAGGUCUGACCCCGGUUACCCAGGGGGAGGACAAUCUUCCAUCGGCGGGCCCCGAUCCGGGUGUUGAUUUAGUCCCGCCUCCCCCUCCUACUCCCGGUUCUGCCACCCCUGGAUUAGUUUUGGGGGAACCCUUGGCCCUACCUGCCAGCCCGGCCGCGACUACCGUCUCGUGCACAGCCGCCGAGCCCCUAGGGGCGACGGCUGUUGCUACGCAGCCGGUUCUUGCCCCCGAUCCCGCCCUUUCCACCUUACCUGCCCUACCUGCUAGUCCGGCCGCGCCUACCGUCUCGUGCACAGCCGCCGAGCCCCUUGGGGCGACGGCUGUUGCUGAGCAGCCGGUUUUUGCCCCCGAUCCCGCCCCUUCUACCUUACCUGCCCCUGAAGCUUCCCCUGUCCCUGCUGCUCCCGUUGGUUUGGCAGCGGGUGAAGGGGAGCCCAUUCCGGUCCCUGGUCCUACCCCCUCUUCUGUUCAGCUUCCUGUUUUUGUUCCCGAGGUGUCUUUUCCUGCCACCUCGGGUCCCCCUGCUACCCCCGGGGUUGUCGCGUUUCCGUUGCCUACGGACGACCCUCGGGGAGCAGCUUUUGUGUUUCCCCUUCCCGCCACUGUGGGGGCUGUGUUGUUUUCUCAGCCGCCCUCUCCUCUGCCGGGACUGGGGACGAGCAGCCCGGCGCAGCAGCGCCGGGGCUCGGCCCCUUGUUUGUCCGUCCGCGAGGACCCUUCCGGGGCCCUGCCGGAGGUUGGCGGCGGCUCGGCCGCUGCCUCCCCCUCCGCGCUGCGGGAUGAGCUGCGCCUCUUUUUAUCUGAUUUCCGUGGUUCCCAGGGUAAGGUGCCGAUGGCCCUUCGGCGCUGGGGGGACUUCCAUCUCGUUCUUCGGGCCGUGAGGGCGCUUUUAGGGGAGGGGCGAGGGUCCGAUCGGCGGGACUUCGCGGCCUACCGGCGGGCCCGCAGAUUCUGCGACUCCUUGUUGGCCUUCGGGGUCGAGCAUGGAAUCUUGCGAGGCCCGCUGGAGGCCGUCGAUCCCUCUGCCAGUGAGGAUCUGCCCCAGCCCUCAGCAUGA